CUCGAUUAUUCGCUCUCUUUUCUCUCUCUCCUCCCCCCUUUCUCCCUCUCUCUCUCAGGGGCAGUCCUGACCAUCCUCACAGUCAUGGCCGCCCUGCUCCCGCGAAGGGCCAGUGGCAUCUCCACCGACAGCGAGACAUUGGCGCGCCUCGGCAAGAAACAGGUCCUCAAGCGCCGCUUUGGCUUCUGGUCACUCUUCGCCUUCGCAGUGUGCGAGCUCAUCACGUGGGAGACGGUCCUGGCGCUGUUCUCGCAGGGUUUUGACAAUGGCGGGCCCGCUGGUCUUGUGUAUGGCUUCCUCAUCGCCUGGCUGUCGACCUUGUCCGUGUAUACGGUCAUCUCAGAACUGGCCUCCAUUGCCCCCAUUGCCAGCGGCCAGUACUACUGGGUCUCGAUGCUUGCACCGCAGAGAUGGAAGAAGCUACUGAGCUACCUCGUUGGGUGGCUCACGUCGCUGGCUUGGGUAGCUACUGUUGCAACGGAAUCGCUGUUUGCGGGCACUAUCAUCCAGGGCCUUAUGAUCCUCCGCUAUCCGGGCUACGAAUCCAAGUUGUGGCAUGGCACCCUCCUCACAUGGGCCGUCAUGCUUUUCAAUGUCUCGGUCAAUAUCUUCCUCCCGCAACUCCUCCCUAAAGUCGAAAUCGUGCUCAUGGUCCUCCAUCUCGGAGGCUUCAUAGGCAUCAUGGUCACCCUCCUCACCACUUCCCAAAUCGGUAGCACGGCUUCCGUGUUUCUGACCGCCUUCAACGAAGGCGGCUGGUCAACCCAGGGUCUCUCGUACUGCAUUGGCUUCCUGGGAAACAUAGCCACCUUUGUCGGCGCGGACGCCUCUGUCCACAUGGCCGAAGAAGUGUCUGACGCCGCGCUCAACAUCCCCCGCGCCAUCUGCGCCGGCAUGAUCAUGAACGGCAUCAUUGGUUUUGCCAUGAUGAUCACCGUGCUCUACUGCCUCGGAGACGUAUCCUCUGUCAUGGGAACCGACACGGGCUUCCCCUUCAUCCAGAUCUUCUAUAACAGCGUCAACACGAUCCCGGGCGCCGUCGCCAUGGGCGCUAUCGUGCUGGUUCUGACCUGGGCGUGCGCCCUUGGGAUCACCACCACCGCGAGCCGGAUGACAUGGUCGUUCGCCCGUGACAAUGGCACGCCCUUCUCGCGCUACCUCAGCAAGGUUGAUACGCGCACCAAAGUGCCCAUCGUUGCCGCAGGCGCAGUCACCUUCCUCGCCGCGCUCUUGACACUCAUCUACAUCGGCUCCUCAACCGCCUUCAACGACGUCGUCUCCCUCACCAUCACCGGCUUCUACGGAUCCUACUUCCUCCCCUGCGCAUUCCUGCUCUACCACCGCAUCAAAGGGCACACGGCAGCGACGCCGCAGGAAGAAGCGGCGCUGACGGAAAUCGUGCAGGGCCGACUCAUCUGGGGCCCCUGGCACAUCCCCGGCAUCUGGGGCAUCCUCAACAAUCUCUACGCCUGCCUGUACAUGAUCUUCGUGAUCUUCUGGAGUGUCUGGCCGCCCGCCACGCCCGUCACGCCCAGCACCAUGAACUACUCGGUGGUCGUGACGGGCGGCGUCAUGAUCCUGAGCGGUCUCUGGUAUUGGGUUCGAGGCCGGCGCGUGUAUCAGGGACCGCUGGUAGAGAAGGAAGCGGUGUUGGUGCUGAGAACGGCGGGGGGGCUUACUGUAUGAUGUAUGAGUAUGAUGUAUGAUUCAACACGUAGAAGGCAUUGUUUCCAUGCCAUAUCAUCUAGAAACGAGUCAACGACCUCGAAAUAGAAAAUAUAGAAACGAAACGAAACAAAACAAAC